AUGGCUAAGAAAGAUAAGAAAUCAAAAGAGGCCAAAAAGGCUCGUGCCGCUGAAAAGCAGAAGAAAAACUUGUCCAAAGCCGAAAUCAAAAACAAGAAAUUGGCAAAGAAGCAAGGCGAUGAAGAAGAAGAAGAUGAGGAUAUCGAUACGAUAUUGGCCAAUUAUGCCAAGGAACAAGAAGAAUUUACUGAAGUGAAAAUCGAAGUAUGUAAGCACCAUCCACAUAGGAGAUUAAAUCCUACUAUGGUUGCUUCUCCAUUACACAAUAAACGAGAAAUCAUUCUAUUUGGUGGUGAAUCAAGUGAUGGGAAAACAUCUCAUUUCCACAACGAUUUGUUUACGUACUCAAUCGAUAAUGAUACCUGGAGGAAAUACACUUCCAAGAAUGCUCCAUUACCUCGAUCGUCACAUGCUAUGUGUGCCCAUCCAUCAGGGAUUAUUCUAAUGUUUGGUGGUGAAUUUUCGUCGCCCAAACAAUCAACGUUUUAUCAUUAUGGAGAUACUUGGAUCUUGGAUGCCGAUACGAAAGAAUGGCAAAAAGUCGAUACAAAAAGAGCACCAUCUGCUCGAUCAGGACAUCGAUUAGCCGUUUGGAAGAAUUUUAUCAUUCUUCAUGGUGGAUUCCGUGAUUUGGGUACCAUGACAACAUACCUAAAUGAUGUUUGGGUGUUUGAUGUUACUGAAUUCAAAUGGCAACAAGUUGAGUUUCCACCGAAUCAUCCAAUUCCCGAUGCCAGAUCGGGCCACUCGUUCAUCCCAUGUGCUGAUGGUGCUGUAUUAUAUGGUGGGUACACUAAAGUCAAAGCUGGUAAAGGUUUGCAAAAGGGUAAAGUUUUAAGUGAUUGUUGGAUUUUGAAAAUGAAGAGUGAUCCAAAGGGAAUAAGAUUUGAACGGAGGAAAAGGCAAGGGGUUUUACCUCUGCCUCGUGUUGGUUGUUCAUUAGUUUAUCACAAGAAUAGAGGUAUCUUAUUUGGUGGUGUCUAUGAUUUUGAUGAGAGUGAAGAGCAAUUGGAGUCAGAAUUUUACAAUCAAUUGUACAGUUAUCAAAUUGAUAGUAACAGGUGGUACAAUUUAAGUUUGAGACCACAGAGGAAAAAGAAGGAGACAGUGAAGGAAAAGUCAAGAGAUGAGGAUCUAGAAGAUAUUUUGAAUUCCAUCUUGGCUAAAUCCAACUUGAAUGAUGAUGAUGAGGACGAAGACAAUGUAGCCGCGUUGGACAAGAUGAAGGAUGCAGAAGAGAAAAAACAAGAAGCAGAGGAGGAGGAGAAGGAGAAAAAGGAUGUAGUUGAGUACCCAAUCAUGAACCAAUUACCACAUCCACGUUUCAAUGCCACCACAUGUGUCGUUGAUGAUGUUUUCUACAUAUUUGGUGGUGUUUUUGAACGUGGAGAACAAGAGUUUAGUCUUGAUUCUUUUUAUGCCAUUGAUUUGGGCAAAUUGGAUGGAGUUAAGGUGUUUUGGGAAGAUUUAUCAGAGCUAGAGAAGGCAGCCGAGGAAUCGGAAGAUGGGGAUGAAGAAGAAGAUGAUUUUGACGAUGAAGAUGAGGUGAUGGAUGAAGGUGAGCGCGACAAUGAAGAAGAAGAGGAGGCGAUGGAUGCCGAAGAGAAUGAGGAUGAAGACGAGUCAUCUUCAGAAGAAGAGGAGGAAGAAUUCCCAGAUCCAAGACCAUGGUUACCUCACCCCAAACCAUUCGAAUCGCUACGCGCAUUCUAUGUUAGAUCUGGAGCUGCAUUUUUGGAAUGGUCCAUCUCCAGUCAUCGAGAAGCACGUGGAAAGUAUUUGAAAAAGAUUGCAUUUGAGUUAUGUGAAGAUAGGUAUUGGGAAAGAAGACAAUCGGUAUCUGUUGCCGAGGAUAAUUUAGAAGAGAUGGGUGGUGUUGGUGAAGUGGUUGAAAAGGAUACUUCAAAGACAACAAAGAGAAGGUAA